CGCCGCUGUCGCUGCCGCCUUCCCCGCCCGGCGUCAUGGCCGCUGCGGCCGGGGACGGUGCGGCGAGGCCUCUACAAAACGCCAUGAAACUGGCCAACGGGGCCAUCGAGCUGGACGCCGGCAACCGGCCCCGGGAGGCAUACACGGAAUACCUGAGGAGCAUCCACUACAUCUCCCAGGUGCUACUGGAGGAUGCUGGAGCUCAUCCAGAUGCUGAUGAGACUGUGCCCCCUGACACCUCAAAGAUGCUGAAGCUAGCUGGGCAGUGUCUGGAGCGGGCCCAGUCAACAGCUGCCAAGCUUGGAAAAGUGCGCCUGAAGCCAGCCAUGCCUGCGGCUGCUUCAGUCCCCUCACCUGCCAGUCGACACCGCCGGGUGUGUUCCGAUGAAGGAGGGAAGCUUUCUCCUUUUCUGCCACCUGAGAUCUUCCAGAAGCUCCAGGUGGUAGAAUCACAAAGCUCUAAGAACCCUUGCCACCAUGACUUGGUCUCAGGAGGGAUGUCAGGGAGGUGCUUGAGUCACCAGGUACUCAGUCCUGGGGUCUGGACAGCAGCGUGCACCAUUUCCAGGGAGCUGACGCCCCUGGAGGAAGCUUCCCUGCAGAACCAGAAGCUGAAGGCCACUUACGAGGCCAGGAUGGCCCGCCUGGACCCCAGCCAGGCCAUGCAGAAGACAUCACUGACUCUGUCUCUGCAACGGCACAUGAUGGAGAAUCUGGUGAUUGCCAAAGCCCGGGAGGAGACACUCCAGCGGAAGAUGGAGGAGCGCCGGUUGCGACUUCAGGAGGCUGCCAACAGGAGGUUCUGCAGUCAGGUUGCCUUGACCCCAGAGGAGCGGGAACAGCGGGCUCUCUACGCGGCCAUCCUUGAGUACGAGCAAGACCACGACUGGCCACAGCACUGGAGGAGCAAGCUCAAGAGGAACCCAGGGGACCUGUCACUGGUGACCAACCUUGUCUCCCACCUGCUCAGCCUCCCCGACCACCCAAUCUCGCAGCUCCUCAAGAAGCUCCAGUGUGCGGUGUACAGCGCCCUCUACCCCGCUGUGAGCCGGGGCGCCCUCAGCACCGCGUCUGCCCCAGGUGCUGAUGCACUGCUGGCCCCCGGGGGCCGGCGGCUUCGGUCCUCCCAGAGCCUGUACUGCAUGCUCUCCCCCCCAGAGUCCAGCGUGGCUCCAAGGCCCCAGGAUGGACUCCCUGCCACGCCCACCAUGCCCCCACUCAACCCUGGGCCCCUGGACAGAGGGGCAGACAGCAGCCCAGCUGGGCUUCCCUCACCCCUGACGGAUGCCUCAGCCUGCCUGCCAGACAAGGACAGCUCCUUUGAGGAUCUGGAGCAGUUCCUGGCUAUGUCUGAGAGGUGGAGCCAGGGUCCUGGGGGGCAGCCUGAGCCACAGACCCCGGGAACAAAGAGGGAGCCCUUGCUGGAGUGCCUGAAGAGUACAGUGAAGGACAUACACGAUGCCAUCGACAGGCUGCUCUCGCUGACCCUUCUGGCCUUUGAGAACCUGAACACAGCCACCUGCAAGGACCGCUGCCUGGCGUGCAUCGAGGAGCCCUUCUUCUCCCCACUGUGGCCCCUGCUGCUGGCCCUCUACAGGAGUGUGCACUGCACCCAGGAGGCUGCCCUGAGUAGGAGCAUGGAGCUCUACAGGAACGUGCCACCCACAGCCCUUGGCAUCCCCACCCGGCUCCUUCCCCCGCACUCUGAGACUCGGGGGGCCACCACCUACCCCUACUGUGCCGCAGUCCAGGAGCUGGGGCUGCUGGUCCUAGAGAGCUGCCCUCAGAAGAAGCUGGAGCACAUUGUGCGGACCCUGCGGGCCAUCUGUGUCUGUGCUGAAGAGUACUGCCGCGCCCAGGAAGCCACGCACCAGGCCAGCGCCCAUCCCCCGGCAGCUGCCAUUGGUGCUGAUGACCUGCUGCCCAUCCUGUCCUUCGUGGUGCUGAGGAGUGGGCUUCCCCAGCUGGUGUCAGAGUGUGCUGCCCUGGAGGAAUUCACCCAUGAGGGCUACCUGAUUGGAGAGGAGGGCUACUGCCUGACGUCACUACAGAGCGCCUUGAGCUAUGUGCAGCUCCUGCCCCGAGGGGUCCAGGGCCACUGAGGUCAGCCCAUGGCCUCCAUGCUGCCCUGCACACCUGGCCCUGGGGUGGGGAGCCAGCCAGGCCUGCAGGGGUCUCCUGCUCUUGCCCCUUCGUCACCCACAUCUGCCCCUCUCCCAGCAGGGCCGAGGCAGCCCCCGAGCCCGCCCCUGCUCUGUUCUCUGCUAGCCUCUGAGACCUGGUAAAGGGAAAGCUGGGAACUGUACCCCACUGGCAGGCCUCUAGCAUUGCACACCUGCAGGCACAACCCAGCCUGCCAGCACUAGAGUGGCCCCCACAGGGCAGCAGCUCAGAGCAGCAGUCUCCCUUCCCCCAGAACAGUCAAAGCCUUCUGAGCCAGUUUCCUGCCACAGCCUGCCAGCUGCGUCCCAGGAACUUGGGCACGGCAGUGUGGGACUGUGGUUGACUGAUUGGACAGCAGCUGCCCUGCUUGCUUGUGUUGGCCCAGGUGUUCCUGCCCUGAGUUUGGAACUCUGACACUCCCUGCCCUGGCUCACUCUGGUGGUGAGUGAUGAAUAUUCCAGAACCGCUGUCCAGCUCCCACUUCUGUAUAGCCUCUCCCAGGCCAGCCUGAGCCCGAGGCCACCUGCCUGCCACACACCUGUAUGGCCACCCACCUGGCCUAAAAUAAAGAGUCGCUGCUGUCUGA